AUGAACAUCUCUGCUGCAUCUGUAUAUGAAAACUCCAGCCUGCCUCUUCAGAAUGCCACACCGCGAGACAGCUUCAGCGCCGCUCUCACCAAAAACAUCGUGGCCAUGCUGGUGUGGCUGGCCCUCAGCAUCAUCAACGGCAGCAUGGUGUCCACUUUCUUCAGACACAGCUUCUUCUAUGAGGACCCACGAUACAUCAUGUUUAUUUACAUGGUUAUUAAUGAUGCUGUCCAGCUCACGCUGGUCACUGGUUUAUAUGUGGUGAGCUAUGCAUUCUCUAAAAUCCUGGCCUCCGCCUGUUGCCUGCUCAUCAUGACGGCUGUGCUGACCACCCGUUCCACCCCCCUCAUCCUUGCUGGCAUGGCCAUUGAGCGCUAUGUCUCCAUCUGUUUCCCCCUCCACUAUGGCCACAUGUGCACCGUCCAGCGCACCAUCUGGCUGGUUGGGGUCAUUCUGGUCCUGAGUGCCACACCCCCCUUCACGGACCUCUUCAUAACUCUGGCCAAAGAGCCUGCGUCCUUCUUCCAGACAUCCAUUUUCUGCGACCACUCGCUGCUCUUCCGAGACCGCUCCAUCUACUACAAAAACUGUGCCUUUGACAGCAUCUACUUCUCCUUCGUUUUCCUGGUGCUGCUCUACACGUAUUGCAAGAUCAUGCUGACGGCGCGGGCAGCCUCCACAGACCUGGUGUCUGUGAAAAAAGCCCGCAACACAGUGCUGCUCCAUGGUGUGCAGCUGCUGCUCUGCAUGCUGGCUUUUGUGGUGCCCUCCAUGCAGGCACCGCUCAUCCAGCUCUUCCCGCAGUACAGCUUGGAGAUCCGCUAUGUCAACUUCCUGCUCGUAUACAUCAUCCCCCGCUUUCUGAGCCCUAUGAUCUAUGGGUUCAGAGAUGAGAAGUUUAGAAAGUACUGGAUCAAAUACCUCAUCCACAGGGUCGGGAGAGUGAAGCCGAGUGAGCACUUACCACAGAAGCCAAAAUGA